GGCCAGGUUGGGCACAUGUCGAUGGCUGUUCGAUCGGGUCGGUUGAUUUGUGGGACGCGCGGCGCCCUGCUGCUGUUCCUCUUAAUCUUGGUCGGCACCUUGGUGAUCCUCCACAGGGUGGUCCAGUCGCCGCUCCUCAAUCAGUACGAAAUCCUGCAGGAUCACUUAGAACGCCAGGAAAACCAAAAGAGCCGAGCCACCCGCACCAUUCUUCUGUGGACCGAUUUCUUUGGGGAUCCUCGAUGGAAGCUAUCUUGGGACACUAUGGGACCGCAGCAGCUACGGGAUGAGCUUCGGUGCCCGGUCUACCAGUGCGAAAUUAGCAACCAGCACGAGUUACUGCCCGCUGUGGAGCUCUACGACGCCAUUGUCUUCCAUGCGGCGGAAAUGUUUCCGCUUCUCCGACCAGUGCCCUUACAGAGGAGUCCCCACCAGGCCUACGUCUUCGCCCUAAUGGAACCGCCCGGAGAGACCAAGCACCGACUGGACGACGAGUUUGGGUUCUACAACCUCACCAUGACCUAUCGCCUUGACUCCGAUGUUGUCUGGCCCUACGGGCAGCUUAUAGACACUGAAACGGAUGCCGUGGUGGCGCCCAGUGUGAGUCCACCUUGGAGGAAACGCCCAGCGUCUUUUAACGACUCUGUGAUUUGGGAUCUCUGGUCCGGAAAAACGAAAACGGCCGCUUGGUUCGUAUCCCAUUGUGAAACACUGUCAAAAAGAGAGACCCUGGCCAAUAGGCUUCAGGAAAUAUUUGACGUGGAUAUCUACGGAAAAUGCGGAACCCUCAGAUGCGCCCGAGGGGAUCCACACUGCGACGAGAUGUUGGACACAGACUAUUUGUUCUACCUGGCGUUUGAGAACUCGCUGUGCGACGACUACGUGACGGAGAAGCUUUUCGACGCUUUGCACCGGAACAUAAUACCCGUGGUUUUCGGUGGUGCGGACUACUCACGGAUCCUUCCCCCGCACUCGUACAUCGAUGCCAAUCGCUUCGAGACCGUGGAGGAUUUGGCUCAGCACCUGAGCUUCGUGGGCGGGGAUCCGGAUGAGUAUGUCAGUUACUUCUGGUGGCGCAGCUACUAUCGCUUGGUCUCCACUUCUCCGUUUUGCGAUCUGUGCGCCCUGCUCCAUGCCCCCGGUUUUAGCCACAAGACACAGUUUUACGGCGACAUCCAGGCUUGGUGGUUCAACAGUUGCCGCCUGGAGAGCCAGAUACGUUGGUGAGCCGUGCUUGGAAUAGAGAAAGAUAGUUGCAACUAUAAACACACGUCAAUCACGAAAGAGAGCGAGAUGCUACUGUCGGACACUUUCUCUCCAACAGUUAUUUUGAGUCAAAGCCAACAUUAGUCUAUUUGUUAACAUUUCCCAAAAAUGUGUGUUAAGUACACUCCCUGGGAGAUAAGAUAGACAGGUUUCCGAUUUGCUCACUAUUGGGGUAUGACUCACCUGCUAACCAAUUUCAAUUGCGAUUCCCAUCGAUUGACAGUGGAUAGGAGUAGAUAACAGUAGUAAUAACAGUAAUAAAACCUUACUUUAA